AUGGGUUCUGACUUCGAACCCUCGGAUGACCUCACGGGUGGUGCAUGGUAUGAUAAGGAAGGGAAACUAGAGACAGAACUCAUUGAGGAGGCAAAAUCUGUGUGUUUCCAGUUUACCUCUAGAAGGAAGGCUGCCACAGUUGAGGAGAUUACAGAAGCUAUCAACAAUUCGGAAGCAUUUAAGGUGAAGUUUACUGGUAAGCAAAUUGAAGAACUUGUUCAAGGUCUGAUUUUGGACAAGAAGAUUGUGGAGUCAGAAAGUACUGGUAAAGGGGUCUUGGCAAAAAAUCCAAUGGGUGAACUAUUAAAAUAUAUGGACAAAAAUCUAAAUAAAUAUGGUAAUAAUCCCGUACGAUUACAUAUUUGA